GCUUCGGUAGAUCAAGAACUACUGUCACGGCUGAGCCAUUGCUGUUCCAAACUCCAAAGGCUAGCUGGUCAGCUCCAUGAUAUGACCACUUCAAGCAGGCAGCACAGACAGUCACCUGUCUUUGAUGAGGCAGAAGAAAGUGAUGCACUGGUCACCAUUAUGUCAGAAUUGAGAGAACUAAGGUCAGAGAUCAAAAUAAAAGAGGAGACUGCUCAGACAUUAGAGACUGAAGGUUCAGCAUCAUCAUCAUCAUCUGCUGAGAUGGUCAAACUGCGUGAACAUAAUCAACAGCUGGCUGAGCACAUUGUAAAGGUGAAUAAAGAGAAAGAGAAGUUAUUGGAUACACUGAAGAAUCUAGAGAGGAGAUUGCAUCUGACGGUCAAGAAGGACUCACAAGCACAAGUAAACAUUCCCCAGUACAUAUCAGACACUGCCAGUGAGGAAGAUAGCGUCUACGAUCGCACAAUCUGGGCCAGCGAGCGACUUAGUCUUCAGAUAGCCCUGGACUCAGCCGAGCAUGAGAUACAGCGUUUAAGAAGUGAAAUUCAGAAUUUUAAGAGUUCACUCAGUGUAAAUGGCCAUGGUGCUCACACAGAUCCUGACAAGACAAGCAGGUUGUAUGGGAAAUACCUGAGAGCAGAGAGUUUCCGCAAAGCUCUCAUUUAUCAGAAGAAAUAUUUGCUGCUGUUGCUGGGCGGGUAUAGAGACACAGAGCAGGAGACCCUGGCUAUCUUAGCCUCCAUGGGCGGCUACCCCUCUUCUUACGCUGGCAUGUCUUCGAGGAGGAAGCACUCUAGAGCUAUCAUGAUGUUUAGAUCAGCUGGUAGAGUGGUGAUUGCAGUGUUUAGAAUGAAAUACCUGGUCAGGAAAUGGAAAAGAGCAACUAGAGUUGGUUCCCCUGUUGUCACUGGCCAGAUUAAUAAUCAGCAUGCCUACAUUCCAUCAAGCUCAGCUUACUUAGAUCACCAGCGACACUUCCAGGAGCCACAUUCGCAGCAUUCCCCAAACACCAACACUCACACUGCUCGCAGCAGCAAUACGGACUACUUCAGUUCCCUUUCCAAUGAAGGAAUGUCUUCCCCCACUUCUGAAGCAUAUCAAGGAGCAGCAGCUUCUCGGGUUAGGCCUUACCGAUACACGACGCCACCAACGAAGGAUCUUGUGUCACAACUCAAGUCUAAUUCUAGAGGGAAAAGUGAAGAGUCCAGAAGACGUACUUUGUUUGAUGAAGACACAAGCUCCAGAUACACACCAAGUGCCAGACCCCAGUAUACAGAGAAUGAUGACGGUUUUCUGCAGUAUCUAGAGAAUGUCCAGCAGGAGCUCAGCGAGGGCAACUACAGUACCCCAUCUCUGUCAUCUGCCAGACGUGUCACCUGGAGGUAG